CAUCGACUGAUUUGGCAAGCCAGUAUGGGCAAGAGAAAGAGAGAUGUGGCAGAUGAGACUAGGCCGGUGACAGCGGUGAAAAGCCGAAAAGAGCAGCCUGCAUCGACCCCAAAACUGGUAUCACGGGAGAAACUUCCAGCGAACAAGAGCAAGAACCUACCAGUCGCUGCAAAUGGGUUUGCAAUGGAAGUAAACGGCAAGGCAAAAGAGACCGCAACAGACACAGCCGAUAAACCUAGCGAGACGACUACGAUUCAAAUUAUCACAGGCUCCUACGAGAGAGUACUCCACGGAUUCACAGCAGCUCUCCCGCGCACCCUGAUCACGAGACAUGGCAAUCCUGACGAGGCCUCAAAAGAGGACGAGGACGCCAAAGUCAACUUCUCCGAUACAUUCUUGUUCAACGCCCACGCAUCCGCCAUUCGCUGUCUGGCUCUCUCCCCACCCUCGGAUGAAACCUCAAAAAUCACGCUCGCAACAGGCAGCACCGACGAACGCAUAAAUGUAUACUCACUCUCAACCGCACCACCCCUGCCCUCAAAAUCAAAGCCUCCACUUCCGACUCUGCACGGGACUUCUAUUACCCAAAACUCCAAGAACAAGGAGCUAGGAUCACUCUUGCACCAUUCCUCUAGCAUCACAGCUCUCUACUUCCCGACGAGAAGCAAGCUACUAAGUUCCGCCGAAGACAGCACUAUCACUAUCACAAGGACUCGUGACUGGACUCCCCUCUCCACCAUCAAAGCUCCCAUUCCAAAGCCCCAAGGCCGACCGAGUGGCGACACAGCAGCACCCGGUGAAGUACCUGCUGGCAUAAACGACUUUGCCGUGCACCCCAGUAUGAAGCUGAUGGUCAGCGUUGGGAAAGGCGAGAAAUGCAUGCGAUUAUGGAAUCUCGUGACCGGCAAAAAAGCUGGCGUUCUCAACUUUGGGAAAGAGGUCCUUGUAGCCGGAGGUGAAGGCCGGUUCGGCUCCGGGGAGGGAAGGAGAGUAGCCUGGGAUGCGGAAGGAGAAGAAUUCGUCGUUGCAUUCGAGCGGGGCGCCGUUAUAUUCGGGAUCGAUUCCAAGCCAAAAGCAAAAGUGAUGCCCACGCCCAGGACGAAACUCCAUCAGAUGCAUUACCUCCCAGGGUCGAGUCAUCCGAAUAUUCUUGCUGCCUCCACAGAAGAUGGACGAAUUAUGUUGUAUGAGACCUCUUCGACCACACCAUGCCCUGAAAAACACGACAAGCAGGAAGACAUCCCAACCUGCACUCUGCUAGGUCAGCUAGGCGGGCCAGCAGCCGGUAUCACAGGCCGCGUCAAGGACUUCAGCAUUCUUCCCCUUCCGUCAGACGACGCCAGCUUUCUCUUCGUUACUGGAAGCAGCGACGGUUCUGGGCGUAUAUGGCUUCUCUCAGCCGUAGACCUCCAAUCUAACACCAAACAAUCUCAGCCACAGAGUGGUUUUACAGCCAAACAAGUUGGCAAACUUUUAGGCACCUACUCAACCGGUAAUCGCAUCACGUGUCUGGAAUCGUUCAUUAUGACCGGCAAACCAGACAAAUUAGAGGACGUAGAAAGGGAGAAGGAGGGGGAUGUCAACAAGUCAAGCAGUGACGAAGGUAGUGAUUCAGAGUAGAUGGAAGUUGAAACCCACCUUUACGCAUCAUGACGCAAUUUUCUCACAGUGACAAUGUGUACAUUGAACUUUUAGGUUCCUAGCAUGCAUGCCGCGAAAUGAGGAUGAGUCGAAGAGAACUGUUAGCAAGGCAGUAAUUCUAGGCUAUCUCUAUAUAAUUACUGCGCGUUAGCACUACUUCGGAACCUCGAGUC